UCAGCAUACAUCAGGUUACAAUGCUUGAACCAACUACAGACAAUCUGCAGGACACAAAAAUCAAAAAGGAAGUGAAACGCAAAGACAUGAAAGGCAAGAAAAGACAAAAGUACAUCCCUACAUCAGAGCCAUUAGAACUUCCCUUCUGUCGAAUCUGUGGAAAGAAGGCAUCAGGCAUUCAUUUUGGAAUAUAUAGCUGUGAGGCCUGCAAGGCUUUCUUCAGAAGAUGUUUACAACGAAAAACCCCAUUUAAGUGUGACAAGGGGGAUAACUGCCUCAUUGACGAACAGCAGAAAGGUCUAAAUUGUUCUGCUUGUCGUUUAAAGAAAUGUCUUGACAAUGGAAUGUCGAAAGAAGGUGUGCGAAUAGGUCGCUACUCUACUGCGGAAAGGACCAAUGUCAUAAUGGAAGUCAAGAAACUUCAUGCCUCAGUUAAAACCCCCCAACAACCAUCCCUCCCCAAACAACCAUCCCUUCCUGCUACAAAUUCCACAGGCAGCGACAGUCUAUUACCUUCAAUAGACCUACUUACAGACCAGCCAGCAGACAUUCCAGAAAAUUCUUCUGAGAUUAUUGACAUUCUGAACAUUCCUCAGGAUUUAGUUACAAUUGAGGAAGUGUUCUCAAUUACAGAUAGCAUAUGUUUAGAAGUAGAGACCUCACCAGUUGAGAGUAAUUAUAGUUCCUCAAAUGGACAUGAAUCACACAAUUCUUCGAUCUCCUCACCUUUAUCCGUGAGCUCCCCUAAUUCAGAGGAAUCUGUGGAAAGCAUGGGUUCAUUAGUUGAUGCUUUGGAGAACAAUCAGAUUGUAGUGUUAGAAAGCAGCCAGUUGUCUUUACCAAAGGAAUGCCUAAAUCGGUGGUUAAUUAAUGAAGAGGCUAGCCAGAUUAUCAACCAGUUAAUGACAAGUUAUCAAUUUCUCCAACCAUUCUCAAUGUCACUGACCGAGGAGGAACGCAAUGACAUAUUUACCCAUGGUCUCAAACAAUACGAAGAGAGAGUACAACUUUUUGGGAAGAUGGAGUUUCUUUCAUUAGAAGAAUACAAGGACAUAUAUAAAAAGACCCAGAUUGAUAUAGAUGGCAGGCUAGAACUCUACUCCUUUGGUCGUUCUGAGAUGACAAAGAUGUUUGACGAAUAUGUCAAAUUUAGCCAAGGAAUUGUCAACUUUAAUUCUCUGUGUGCAAAGGACAAGUCAGCUUUGUUAAAAGCAUCCAAUUUUGACUUUGAAAUGAUUCUGGACUAUCGAUCUGUCGACACGGACAAAGAAAUGUUACUGACCUACACAGGCAAGCUUAUGCCUAUGAGUGAGUGCUGUCCCCACAUGUCAGUAGACACUAUAAAAAGAUGGGCUGACUUCUGCACAACCGUCGAAAAACUUUGUUUAAGUCCCCAGGAACAUGCACUGACACUUGGCAUCUGCUUGACAUUUCAAGAUAGGUGUCCUCUGGAAUCUCCACAGAAGGUGGAGGAAAUUCAGCACAAGUUGAUCAAAGUACUGGAGAUAUUACUACAAGAAUCCCACAAACAAGAGAGUGGUGUGCGACUAGCCAAGAUCAUGGACUUGUUUGUGCGCCUGCGUGAUAUGCACCAAGAAUACCAUGACGUGUUGGAAGAGAUGUGCAAAGAUGACAUCUUGACAGAAUGUAUUCCCGAGAUUUAUCUUUAUGUUUGAGACAUUUAUAUAGCAUCACUUCAUUUGUAAUUGUUGGUAGUGUUUUAAAACAUUGCAGUGCUGUGUAAAUCUUGUUGUCUUUCAUGUUGUUUUGAAAUUGGAGUAAAUUUUAUUCUCAUGACAUAUACCAUUUAGUCACGAAACAUAAAAGUUAAAAAAUAAUAAAUGUUUUGCUAUCUUACUUCUUGAAGAAAUGAAGAUGGGAAAAUUAGUUUUAACAUUUAAGAUUUUGUCUCAAAAUAAAAUAAACAUGUGUAUUGGAAAUUGGAAGGGGAAUUUUUAAAGUUCUAUUUGUACAUAUACAUACAUGUACAUGUACUAUACAUGUAUAUAGAUUUAAGUUCCUGUCUUGCUUUGUAAUUAGCUACACAUUUACAGAAAUUUCCUUCUUCAUUUCAAAGCAAUCAGUUUGAUACAUGUUAUUAUUUUUGAGUGAUUCACUCAGCAUUUUUUUUAUCUUAA